AGCAUUCAUGAUUUUUGAAAACAGUUAAGCAUUGAACAUGAAUUAGAGGAUGAAGAAUCUUUAUCAGAUUAUGACUUUUCUGAAGAGUUGGAAGCAAUGAAAGCGUACAUGAAGAAACACGAUAUUAUAAGUCAAAGGAUAUUCAAGGCAAAGGUGCGUGAAGUUGUAUUUCCACAUACCACAUCAAUACUUGCACCACCAGAGAAAGUGAGAACCAAAGGAGCUGGUAAAAAGAAAAAAGAAUUUGAUACUCCUCGUGAUCCUUCAUAUUGGGAGUAUGUUGACGCCUCUCAAGAAUCUGCAAAGGCAAGGCAACCAUCUCAAUCAUCUCAAUGUUCUGCAAGGCAACAAUCUCAAUCAUCUCAGCAUUCUUUUAAGACACAAUUUCCUACUUAUAUACGUCUGUAUAUUGAGGACAUAGUAGAUGUUGUGGCUGAUGGAAAUUGUGGGUUUCAUGCAAUUGCAGCAUUGCUAGGUUGGACCGAAGAAUCUUGGGCUUUAGUUCGAUCACAAUUGGAUAAAGAGAUUGGUCUACAUAAAGAUGUUUAUUCUAAUGUUUUUGAUGACAAUGUUGAAUCAGUGCGGAACUCAUUGAAAAUAUCAAAAUUGGGUGCUCAAGGAAAAGAUAAGUGGAUGUCUUUACCAGACUUGGGUUACGUGAUAGCAACACUAUAUAAUGUCAUAUUGGUGUCGUUGUCUCGUAAUCUGAAUAUGACAUUUUUCCCGCUAAACAAAUCACCAUCGAAAGAGACCUUUGGGCAGUCUUUACUAGCAAUUGGAUUUGUUAACGAGAAUCAUUGGGUACAGAUCAAAUUGAAGUCUGAUUGUCCUUUGCCACCUACGUCACAAAAAUGGAAAGACUUUUGUAGUGACACAACAAAGAGUUGGGAAGUAGCUUAUGCAGCACGUAUGAAGCAUUGAGAACGCAUUGAUCCAUCAUUUAUCAGAUCAUCUUGUAUUUCAUUAAAUGAAGAUUAGAAUAUGUUGUA